GACUGUGAAUUCCCUUCCGUCUGAACUCAGUUGAACUCUAGACCUCCCUUCCUAAACCCUACAAACCCUCUGUCCUUUCUGUUAACCAUUCAGCCAAAAACUCCAACGUCGCCGUCCAAUGUUCCUCCGGCGCCCUCUCGCUCAUCCGCCGGUUCGUGCCGGCAUAUUCAACCACAUUUCUCGGAUCUUCGGACCCAGAUCCGACCGCCCCCUUCAUGCUCUCUUCUGCAGUUCCAGCCAUCCUGACCCGCCACCGAUGCCUCCCUUUCAGAACCCAGGCCCCAUGUCAGGUUUUUCAGGGAAUAACAAAGGCAGCAUGCCCUAUAAUAGAUUUCCAGGGUUGGGACAAUCUGGUUUGAGCAACCAUGGAACACGCACUUCGUUUCCUAGAUCUUUGAUAGACUCUGGAAAUGAAAAUGAAGUUGAGACUGGAAAGAAUUCUAAAUCCAUGGACAUUGUUAGGGGAUUACUAGAAGACUAUGAUAAGGGUGGUGCUCCUUUUGGAUCUCCAUUUCGUCAAUAUCAAGUUGAGAACGAUCCUGACAUUGUUCAUGUUAAGCUGCUCCGCAACAACACAUUCAUCACCGUCACAGAUUCAAAAGGGAACAAAAAGUUUGGGGCUUCAGCGGGAAAAUUGGCAUCAGGAGGGAAAGUUUCUAGAUUUGCUGCUGAAUCUACAGCAGAACAUGUUGGGCGUGAAGCAAGGAAUCGUAACUUGAAGUCUGUGGUCAUGAAAGUAAAUGGGUUCACCUAUUUUAGAAAAAAGAAACAAUCAAUCCUUAGCUUUAAAGAGGGGUAUAAUCAUUCUCGUGGAGAUGUUAAUCCCGUUGUUUACAUUGAAGAUACAACACGACGUCCCCAUAAUGGAUGCCGCCUCAGGAAGAAGCGCCGCAUAUAGUUUGUUUCAUUUUUUGCGUGUUGAAUUUGGGAUGCGAUGCAUGUUCUGAUAUUUUGCUAAAUAAACUGGGCAUUAUGUCUGUUUGGAGAUUUGCUUCUAAUUUACAACUUAAUACUUUGUGGGAGCUUUCUCUAAGGAUAACUAUGUCUAUUUAUACUGUCCUAUUUGUUUAGAUAAAUUAGGUUCAAGAAUUCUUGUAUGAGAUUUAGGGUGUACUCAUGAAAUUCUUGUACUAUACAAGUUUUAUGCCCCAAUGCUAGAUUAGUUUUUAUGGA